UCAGAGAGCAAGAGUUCAGUGUUUUGUGUCUAGUGCUGAGUUGAACAUCAUUUUGGCGGAUUUUGUUAUUUCAUUAAAAAUCGUCUAUUUUCUUUCCAAAAAUGGCCUAUGUGAACGGGUUUCCUUAUGAACACUAUCGAAAUUCGGCAGUGAUAGCCCAUCGCCUCUCAAUUUAUAUGUCAAAUAUAUUUUUACAAUCAAAAAAUCCUCAAAAGCUAAUUUUAGAUAUAAACGCUCAUGUGGCCUUAUUUCGGGAUAUGUUAAUACAUGUAGGUCAAUCCAAGGAUAACCCAGAGUUACGCGAAAAAAUUCGUAAAUAUCGUCAUAUAUGUGUGGAUGAAUGCAGACAUGCUGUGGAUGUGAUGACUGAUUUGGUCAAAAGUGCCAGUGACGAUGACGGCUGUAGUUUACACGAUAAUUCACAUUUAGUGUCCCUUUAUAAUUUGAUGCAAAUUUUUUCAAGGGAACUUAUUUAGAGCUAUCGGUUAAUUCAAGUAAUGCCGAUGGACAUGAGUAAACUUCAUGAAAAUCGUUCUCGACCUACAAAUUUCGGUAACGUUCUUGGUCAAUUACUAUUGUGCAAACAAAUAAAUCCCGAUUUCAGGCAAGAGGAACUGUGUAAUAUUGAAAAUUCUGUUAACGUCAUCGAAUCAUUAAUAGCCGAAGUAGAAUCAUAUAUCCCCCAGCCACAAGGAUUAAUAGGAGAUGAAGGGAAAUCUUUAUCAUACCUACCAUGUAAAGAAACAGCUCAUGUGAAACGCAACCGCCUUUUUUGCUGUAUUUCUCGCCCAAAAUAUAAAUAAAUUAAGAAAUUAGUAUUAUAA